AUGGCUCUUCUCGGUUCUUCUUCAUUAGGCGUCUUUUCGUUCUUUGCGUCAUCGCACAGCAGUGAACAAUGCGGUAGCAACGGUCUACCUCUUACACCUAAUUCUAUACGAAUGCUGGGAAGAUUCCAAAGACUGAAGUCGACGAACCACGCCCACCUGUGUCAGUAUGUAGACAUUGUGAGAGCAAAAAACGAGAGAAUGCUUGUAGUAAGUGAGUGCCAUGAAGGGAGACUUGAAGAUGUGAUUAUGUCUGGCAGAGGGCAGAGCCUUCAGUUCUUGCAGCGUACUGCGUUUCAGUUGUUGUUGGGUUUGAACUAUCUGCACAGUGCGGAUAUCAUUCAUAGAAAUCUUGCACCAACAAAUAUUGUUCUAACACAGGAGGGAAUUAUUAAGUUGAGUCAAUAUGCACUGUAUUACAUGACUGAUUGUGGUCGUGAAGUCAGCUUUGCUAUUGGGUCUCCUCGCUAUAUGGCUCCUGAGGUGAUUGCCGCUGGUACUUCAUUGUGUGAAGAUAGUAUCGUAUCAGGACAGAAAGGCGAUGUAUGGUCGUUAGGAAUUUGUAUUCUAGAGACAUAUCUGGGAUGUCACAUAUGGCCUGAGCUAUCCGUGAAAACGAAUGUCAGAGAAAUUAUUAGAAGAGUCAUCACACUUGCUGCGGCUACUAAUGGCGAGGCAUUGGGCAGUCUUCUAGCCUUCAGUAACUUUAGAGCUAGACCUCAGAUGAAGGAAAUGCCUGAUGAUAUGACGGACUUUUUGAGAAAAUGCUUGACUGUGGCUUCAAAGGAUAGAGCAACGACAAUUGAACUACUUAAUCAUCCAUGGCUCUUAGAACUCUACAAUUCUCAUCUCACUAAGAAGCCACCUUUACUGUCUGGUUCAUGGUGUUUUGAUUCCUGCUUUCGAUCAGAUCGAUUGAGUCUUCUACUUCACGAUGACAUCAAUAAAUUGAUUUCAAGUAUGGAUGAUGAAGAAGAUCACUUGGCUCAACGACCAUUGUCUGAGGUCUAUUACUUGUGGACGUUGGCUGGUGGAGAUUUAGAAAGUGAGCUCAAAAAGCAAGGUCGGAUGAAGAGCAAACCACCGAUCAUGCAGCUGGCAAGUGCCGUGCUGCCUGUAGACAAUGCACUUGUGACGUGUGGCCUAGAGAACGACAGCGCCUAUCUGUUUAAUGAGAAAGAGGUCAUACUGUCUCUCAGUCAGCUGAGACAGCGACUGAAGAACAUAGAUGACAGAGCAUUCUACCCUCUACUGGAGGGUAAUAGGUCGUACGAAGUUCCUGGACCUGCACCAGACAUGACCGACCUGCCACUCAUCAUACGAGAGAAAGAUAUCGAGUACCAGUUUCACAGAGUAAUACUAUUUCAGCGGCUUCUUGAAGGCAAUCCGUUCACACGUGAUAAGAUAGUACACGAAGCUAAUGUUGACAUACCACCUUUUCUUAGGGGUAAAGUUUGGGCAGCUUUACUAGGAGUACAGGGAGACAUACAUGAUGAAUUUGCUGCAAUUGACAAAGAGACCGAAACAUCAACCGAUAGACAAAUUGAAGUUGAUAUUCCUCGUUGCCAUCAAUAUGAUGAGCUUCUUUCAUCUCCAACAGCUCAUGCAAAAUUCAAACGUGUAAUUAAGGCAUGGCUCUUUUCCAAUUUCAAUUGGGUUUACUGGCAAGGACUGGAUUCUCUUACUGCUCCAUUUCUUCACUUACACUUUAGUGAUGAAGCGAUGGCUUUUGCAUGCCUCAAGGCUUUCAUUCCAAAGUAUCUUAACGACUUUUUUCUGCAAGAUAACUCGUCCGUUGUACAAGAGUACUUGGCAGUGUUUAGCCACUUGAUUGCAUACCAUGAACCUGAGCUGUACACUCAUCUCAAAACCGUUGGAUUUGACCCUGAACUAUAUGCAAUUCCUUGGUUUCUCACGAUGUAUACUCACGUUCUUCCGAUGGCCAAAAUUGUUCGGCUGUGGGACAUUCUCUUAUUGGGCAAUUCUUCACUUCCACUUUGCAUUGGCAUCGCAAUACUGAUGCAGUUGAAAGAUUUGCUGUUGUCAUUUGGAUUCAACGAGUGCAUCCUUUUGUUCUCUGACUUGCCAGAUAUUGACAUUCAAAAGUGUGUCGAUGACUCCAAAAGAAUCUCCCGUUCUACACCUCUAAGUGCAGCCAUGCGACGUCACGACAAAACAUCUGUUGAGUUGGCUAGUGAAGGUCAAGGGAUAGGUGCGUUGGGAAAGAUUAGACUGCCAAGUGAUGAGGACACAGACGUGAAGACGUUUGGUCAGGCUGAUGUGGAAAUGAUAACUCUUGCUCAGCACAAAGCGGAGGCUUGUCCUCGAGUGUCCGUCAGUGACCUGGUCUUCUUAUGUGGUCUUCAAGACGACGUCUAUCCCAUAGACAGCAGCACCGGAUUCAGAUCCAAGUCUCCCACACCAUCCCCUACUCCUGCACCCACAUCCGACAGGAAAAAACCGAAAGCAAAAGCCGUAGUUGUAGACAUCAGAAGUCAACAAGAAUUUAACCGCGGUCACGUGCCGCGUUCGUUGAAUUUACCUCAAGGUCAGUCGUUUUCUCGUGAAGGCGCGCUGCUUCCGACAGGAGACGGAGCGCAAUUAAAAAAGCAACGCGGCAAAUCCAUCAUCGUCUUCGGAAACAAACACAACGACACUGCCGAGUUUGGAAGACAGCUCGUUUACGCGGGAUUUCCUCGAGUCUGCGUGCUUCUCGGAACGGCGUCUACACUGAGAAGUAUCGGACUGUUGUCAUCAAUACCGGAUGAACCGUGACCGUUGCUGGUCGCAACUAUUUUAUUACCUUAAUUAUUGAGCACAAAUUUGUUUCCAUAGCAACCUCUAACAACCACCUAGGAAUACAUAUUAUGUGAUAAGUUGUUUUCUAUCUA